UUUACAGAGCGUGAAAAGUGAAAAAAAGUAGCACAUAAUAUCUGUAGACAUGAUCAUUUAGUCAUAAACAUCAUCAUGGCAGACAGUUUUCGAUUUUCAAGGCUUUAUCCUCUUCUGUGGCUAUUUUGUUAUUGUUUUGUUUGUGCAAUGACCAGUAUAAUACAUAAGAGGACGCCGACAGAUGAAGACAAGGACGUUAGAGUUAAAAAGAUGAUAUCCCCAGGCUACUACUCUCAGGAAUGUAAUGCUCACAAGCAAUGCAAAGACCCAGUCAAGUAUUGUCACAUGUUUCUGUGCGUUGAUUGUUUGAAAGAAAAUGUAGCCUGUACACAAAAUGGUCAGUGUUGUCCUUCAUCGGAGUGCAUUUACGGUCGGUGUAAGGCUGGUUCUACUGCAGGAAACGCAGGAUCGUUCUGCGAUAGACAAAGUGAUUGUAAGGACCAGGACCUCUGUUGUGUCCGUGAGCCCGCCAUCAACCCCGCCAUCUCAAUUUGUAAGCCCGCCCUUGAUGAACAUCAAACAUGUGGACCGUACAAUCAGUACAGGACAAUGUAUAUUGGUGGUACUGUGCAACCGGCCUGUGGUCCUUGUAAACAGGGCUUGACUUGCAAACAAGUAGGAAUAUUCGGUGUUCAUCAAGUUUGCCUGCCUGAAGCAAGUCCCCCUGGGAAGAAGUAGAACUACGCUGACAAGUGGGAAGCGUCCCGGAUACAAUGUUGAGCCACGACUAAAAAGUUAUAAAUAAAACACUAUCAUUAAAUCUAUCAUUUUGACAUUUUUCAGUAGUGUGAAACGAAUUUCUUUCCCAUUUUGCUGGGAAAGCAUUCAUUCUGUAAGAAGUUUUGGAAUCAGUGAGUGUGUCAUACAGUUUUCGUUUAUAUGUGCCCUGUCACUUAAAUGGAAUAAUUUAUAUGCCAUUUUAAGAUAAAUUGGAGUAAGUGAAAUGAAAUCUCCAUCUAAAAAAAAACUUGAGACCAAGGUAACCGAUGGGUUAAUAGUAAAUGAACAUACUAUUAAGCAAAUGCCAUUUCCGCUGCGUGGCAUUUUUGCUAAUUGCUGCAUGCAUGCUGCUUUCGCAAUAUGUGUGGAUUUCAGACGGUCGUGUAAUUGCAUAUUCUCUUUCUGUGCUGUCUUCUGGUGUGAAAUA